GUAAUAAGAUGACCACCAUCAGUACGAACGAACCGGCAGCGUUCGAUCACAUCGAAACGAUUCUCAUUGAGGGACAACCGACCGAUAUAGUGUAUCAUCGCUUUGCAAACAAACUGUUCCUUAUCAUCACGCAGCACCAGAAGGUGGCGAACGUGUACACGGUUCGCAGCCACGCGCAAAACGACCUGAGCGGGGAAGAGCUAGCACCGGCGGACGAUGGUUCGAAUCGCAUCUACACCAUUAAGCACACGUUCGGUGCGAGUUCGGAUGAGGCGGAAGCGGCCAUCCGGUAUCUGAUGAGGUUCCUGCAGCAAAGUGAAGAGAUAGUCAUCACCCUAGGGCUGCGGCAGAUCGAUAAAGCAACGCUGGAUCAAAUCGGUACCCAGCUGCGAAAGAUUGUGCUGGAGUAG